AUGGAAUCAGACGAACGACCGGCAAAGAUCCGCAAGCUAAGCAGCCACCAUGACCGCGAUACGCCUCCUGCUCAAGCGCCCACUUCUGUCGACAAUGCCUCCGACGCAGUCAUGCAAGACGCUGCUGGUACCGCACCAACACAACCACCCACCACCGCUCCCCUAGCUGANUCUCCCCGAGUCCACCAUAUCCGCUCCGCAAAACCCCUCCGCUGGCACAACAACCGCCUCUCUCGUCAACUCUGCCACCGCAACUCACGAAAAUGCCCUCCACAACCUCCAACAGCAUCCACCACCACCACAGCCUCGACUGAAACUCCCACAGCCCACCCCCUCUCCAAAUCCAUGCAAAAGAAACUGCGCAAACAAGCCGAAUGGGACGCCAAAAAGAAGACCGCAAAAUCUGGCGCAAGGAAAAGAACCAAGCCAAAAAGGAACGCAAGCGCGAAGAAAAACGUACAAACCCAGACGCCUGGAAGGGAAAAGCAAAAGCAAUGGGUGAAACCCACCAUGCUUCCCAUUACUCUACUCAUCGAUUGCGAUUUCGACAAUUUGAUGAGAGACAAUGAACGCAUUUCUCUGGGCGGCCAAUUGACGAGGUGUUAUUCUGAUAAUGGGAAAGCGGCGUUUAGAGCCCAUCUUGCCGUGUGCAGUUUCAAUGGAAAGUUGAGGGAGAGGUUUGAUGGUAUCUUGAACAAGAGCUAUCAAAACUGGAAGGGUGUGAGGUUUUUGGAUGAGGAUUUUGUGGUUGCGAGUGAAAAGGCAAAGGAGUGGAUGGUUGAUGACAAGAAGGGUGGAAGACUUGCUGGUGUGUUUGAGAAGUAUGCUCCUGCCAAUCCUGUUAUUGCAGAGGAGCAACCCGAGGCUACCAACACUCAAGUUGUUUCCAACACCGAAGCACCUGCCGAAGCAAAGACCGAGGAAACCAAGGCCGAGGAGAACAAGACCCAGGACACCAAACCCGAGGCAGCCAAACCCAAACACCAACACCCCAUCUACAUGAAACCCACAUCUCUACCACCAGCAGAACUAUCCGCCCUACACGCCCAAGCCGAAACCAUCUACCUCUCCGCCGACAGCGACUACACCCUAACAGAACUAAAACCCUUCUCCACCUACAUAAUCGGCGGCCUCGUAGACAAAAACCGCGAAAAGGGUAUAUGUGCCGCACGCGCCGCUGCCGCCGGAGUAAAAACCGCCAGAUUGCCGAUUGGCGAUUACUUGGCUAUGGCGAGUAGGAAAGUGCUUACUACCAACCAUGUGCAUGAGAUUAUGCUCAAGUGGUUGGAGUGUGGGGAUUGGGGUGAGGCGUUUAUGAGCGUGAUUCCUAAGCGCAAGGGAGGGCAGCUUAAGGGGUAUGCGGGGGAGGGUGGGGAGGUGGAUGGGGAGGGUGAUGCUGAUGAGGAGAAUGAUCAUGUUGAAGAGGUUGAGGAGAGGGAUGAGGAGGAGGCUGAGGAAGAGAACGAGGCAGAUGCUUCUGCAGAACAAGCUGCUGGAACUGAAAAGACCGAGUAG